CUUGACCACAACCUCGAUGCCCGCAAGACGCAGACCCCGAGGACGACGAACCGGCCACGCAGAUCUUGACGAGGAUGAUGAUGUCGUGCGGGCGGCGCCGAGCGAUUCGGAGGACGACUCGACGCACGGCUCCUCGACCGAUUCUGACUCGGAUGAUGAUGACGGCUCCGCAUCCCACCACCACAGCCCCAACACCUCCCACAGCCCCGGCGCAGACGAAAAACCCACAGCGCCGUUCUUCUCUGGGACCUCAACCGCAUGGGCGGACAUGGUCGAGGAUACCGAGGGGCUGCCGGUCAUAUCUUUUGGGGAGCUCGAUGAGUCGGCCAUCCGCAAGGUCCAGGACGAUCGUGGGAAAGACGCCGACAAACAGGAGCCUGAGCAGGGGGCUGAGGAGGACCGUGACGACGAGGAUGGUGAGCAGCCUGUUGCGUCCUCGUCGCGGCCGUCCCCCGGCUCCCGAGGUCCUUUCGUAAGCAGAGCCGCCGGCCAGACUGCCCGACAGGCAUACCAGUCCCGCCUCGAGAGCGAUCCGUCGUUCGUCCCAGUCGUGGGUGAAUUCUGGGGCCACGACGAUCGUCUCCUCGAUAAAGAUCUCCGCAGUCUGAGCGGAUGGUGGCGAGGGCGUUGGCAGACCCGCGGGCGCGCAAGGGGGGGAUUCGCCUUCCGGGGCAGGGGCGGGCCCUUCAAUCGCCCCGCACUCAGCGCUCCCGAGUCCGAGCCCCAGCCGAACUCGCCUGUGGACCGUGCUUGGACGCAUGAUGGCUUCGAGGAGAUGCGACGUCGGGAGGAGACUUUUCGGCCCCGAGGCGGGGCAGCUCCCCGGGGAAACGUGCCGGUCGCUCGGGGGGCUGCUGCACUCCGCGGCCGUGGUGUGCCGUUGAACCGCACUGUGCCCGGCCGCAUCUGGUACACGAUGAAACCGGAGUACAUGUGGACCAAGCAGCAUGACGCUUUUCUCUAUUCUGAGCCUUCUCUCAAGCCACGGCCUGGGCAGUCCGCCGGAAUUCGUGUCCAUCUUCCGGGGAAGUCUUCAACGGUAGUUCGGCUCGUUUCGCGGCCUGUCAAGUCCACGCGCUCGAAGCCGGCUGCGUUGGAUGAGGAGUAUGACUAUGCUGUGCGCUUGCCCUCAGUCCGGGAUAACGUGCCUGGUGUCUCUGCGCCUGUCGUUGAGCCAUCGAAGCCGGUGCCGACAACUGGUCUGGAACCAGACGAGGAUGGGUGGGUGCGGCCGGAUGCUGCUGCUGCUGCGAUCGCAUUGGCAGUUAUGUCGUCGCCACCUUCACUUCCGCCGCAGGCUCUACCCGCUCCGAUCCCCCAAACGCAUGCAGCGCUGGUUGCUCCGCCAGGAUUCUAUCCUUUCGCUGCACCGACAUCAUUCGCAUUUCCUGCAAUGCCAGCUUACGCAUCUCCUCCUCCCCAUGCCGGAUAUGCCGCUGCUCAGCCUACGCCUCCGCCGGGCUUCGCAACGCACACACCGCCACCGCAGUUUGGAACCCCGCCGCCGCCGCAGUUUGGGACUCCGCCUGGAUUCAGCGCGCCGUUACCGCCGGGUGUUGCACUGGAUGUGAACGGGAUGCCGUACGAGAUGUCGAGCGGUCGCCACGUCAUGCUCCAGCCGCAGGUGCCGGUGUACGCGUCCUACCACCAUCACACGCCGUCCAUGAGCAUGGGCGGCCCGGAUCCAUCGCUGUUCUCGUUCCCUCGCAACUCGCGCAUCGAGAUCCGCGAUCCGAGGGCGCCCAAGCACCCGCUCUCGCCGCUUUCCGCGGCUGAUCCGGCCGGGAAACUGCGCUCCAGCGCGUCGGCGUUCGUGCCGUCGCACUCGGCCUCGCCGUCGCUCGCCGGUGGGGACUUCCAGCUGCCGUUCGACGGCAUGCAGCCGCCGCCUCCGCCGACGUCGCAGGGCGGGUACGACGCGUAUGGGAACUACGUGCCGUCCCAGUUCUUCUACAACGGCUACUACCCUCCCCCUCCUCCCCCUCCGGACGGCGCCGUGUAUUACUAAUCCCGCACGCAGGCCAGUGACUGGCUGCUGUUGGGUCUGUCUGUCUGGGAGGGAGGGAGGACGGCCCGUCCGGUCCGGCGCUGCUGGCUUGUGUUUCGCAUCUGUUUCUUCCAUUUCCGGUUGUCGCAGCUUUUUUGCCUUGUUUUUGUUCUUUGAUGGGGUGUACUUAAUAAGGCGCGCAAACUAUAAUGUUGUCCUCGUUGUCUCUCUACUACUACAUAUUGCUUUCUCGUUCCAAUGUCACGCAAUCAAAUUUACCAUUUUUAUCCUAACGAUGAGCCGCACGAUCAGAGUAAUAGUCUGGAGAGUAUUUUGAUAGGUUGUCGGAUGUCGCUCACACGACUCGUUCCGAGCAAGCAUACGAAUAGUAAGUAGAGCAAUGUGAGAUUACAGAAGAGAGUGCAUUAUAUCAAAAAGAGUCCGUACCAUGCUCAGAUCAAAGUCCAUCCGCCCUACCCCA